AUGUCAUUUGAUGGAUUGGUUUUUAAAAAGCUUUCGGAAAAGAAACAAAAUAAGAAGAAAACAACAAGGAAAAUUCUUCCAUCAAAUAAGAAGGAAAAUAGAGAAACAAUAAUAUUAAUUGAUCAGGAGCAGGAAUUGAAUAAUGAUGAUUUAAAUGUUGUUGUCGAUGAAAAAGUUUCAAACAAGGAAUUGGAAAUUAAUUUGGAUUUGGAUGUUUCUCAGCCAUUAUCCUUGUUUUUUGAUGCACUGGAUCCUCAAGUGAUUAUUCUAUCUGGAACAGCAAAAUAUGAUGAAAACUACAAAUAUUUGAUGAAAAACGAAUUUACUUGGUAUAACUAUAAGUCAAAGCAGGAGAUGCUCGAAAAGAAAUUGGAAUAUCCAAGAUUUGAAGUUGAGCACUAUCCAAGGGCAAAAUCAUUUAGCUUUGUACAGCAGCUUCUAAGUAGAACUGAGUAUUUGAGUUGCAUGUCUAGUGAUUGCAAAUUUCUGUUUGUUUAUGGAGGUAGAACUGGAAAUGUCAUGCAUGACGAUUUCAUUAGCUAUGAUAUUGCAUCAAAUGUGUUAUAUGUCUAUAAGAAUUUAUAUUUGGCAUGUCAUGGCCCUUUUUACAAAAAUAUUCGCUUGCCAAUUGGUUUAAUUGGAUAUGAAAUGAUAGAACUUGACCAACUAAUUUUCAUAUUUGGAAAAGGGGAAAUUCACAGAAUUGAAAAGGUUACUGAUCCCUUAAAUCUAUCCUAUUUAACUCAAGUGGAAAGGUCUGCUUUGCCCAAUAGAAUCCACUUUACAAUGACAAAGGUAUUAAUUGAAAACAAAUUGUAUCUGUAUGUAUUUGGAGGUAAAUCUGAUAAGGGUGUAUUAGAUGAAAAUCUCUAUAUGAUAUAUUUUAAUGGAGCGAGUUAUAAUCCCUUUACUUGUACAACAUAUUCACCCCCUAAACAAUUUAAAGAGCUAAGAAGAUGGCCAUCAGCUAGAUAUGGACAUUCUGCAUGCAAAGUAUCCAAUUCAAUAUUUAUUUAUGGAGGAGUAACUACUGGCGACAAAAUACUCAAUGAUUUAUUCAUGCUUGAUAUUUCUAGCAAAACUUGGACUGAAAUAAUUGUGCAAUCAAUUAUUCCACCUCCACUUUUCAAGCAUUGUUCAUUUAGUGUUAAUGAACGAUCCUUUUUUAUUUAUGGAGGAAACAAAUCAGAAGGAAUAUCUGACUGCUUCUAUGGAUAUGAUAUUAUUGAUAAUAAGUGGAAUUUUAUUGAAAUUGUUUCUGAUGAAAUGAAGCAAAAUAUUUCUGGUUACAAGUGUUUGACAACAUUGAAAGGGGAAGUAUUUGCUAUUGGAUCCUCGCAAAAGGAAAAGAAUCACCGAUCAUUCUCGAAAUUAUUGAAUGUAGGAGAUUCUUUCAAGUCAGUUUCUGUACUUCAAUAUCUGAAUCAAAAGAGAGAGGAAGGUUAUCUUUGCGAUGUAUCAUUCCAAGUUAAUGACCUAGCCCCCAGUAGCAGCUCUCCUUAUAUUUUGGCUCACAAAUGUAUUAUCAAAGCCAGGUGUCCAAUACUGUACCAAAAGAUACAAUCAAGCAAACAAUGGAUUAAUACCAAUCAAUUGGAGGGAGUAUUUUUGGAAAAGGAAAUGAUAAUAGUUGAUAUAGCAGAAUGUGAUUCGAAUACUCUGAUGAAAUACCUCAAAUAUCUAUAUACUGGUACUAUUCACUUGAAAGCUAGUGAAUCUCUUCCAUUUCUUUCCUUCGUUCAAGCAACAUCUGAACAAAAGCAUUAUCCUAUCAUUCAAAAGAUUUACUCUUCAGCAGAAUCAAAGAAUAUUGAAACUACAAUGGAAAUUCUCAACACGAUACAAAAUGAUUUCAAUACCUUAUUGGGUGAUUCAGUCGAUAGUGAUCUUACUCUCGUCUUGGAUAAUAACAAUGAAACAGCCAACCAAGGUACAAAUGAAGAAGUUAUCAUUCACGCUCAUAGAUUAUUCCUAUCAAGAUCACCAUUCUUCUCCAAAAUGCUUGUCAGUAGUGGAAUGCUUGAAACAAUAGAAAAGACAGUCCAUUUGAAAGAUUAUUAUAAGGAAGUAAUGAUUGACAUGUUGAAAUACUUGUACACUGAUCGAUUACAAUUGAAUCCAAAUAAUGCCCUUGGUUUACUGAUAUAUUCACUCUUAUUUGAUAUGGAUGAGCUUGCCUCAUGUUGCAGAACCUUGGUAGCUUCUUUAUUGGAUAAAUCGAAUGUUUGCUCCAUUUUCGAGGUGGCUACUUUUCACAACGAUAAAGCGUUGCAAAAUGCAUGUGAAAACUUUAUGGUUGACAAUUUUCAAUCCCUAUCACAACUUCCUCAUUUACUGAAACAAUACCCGAACAAACAAGAAUUUCCAUUCAACAAAAGUAUGAAAAGCAGUGCAAGAAAAAGCUCAAAGAAAAGGAGGAACCAAAGAUGA